AUGUACAGAGUGUAUCAGUUAAUGAAUCGAGUCAUCGACAUCAGAUUCAAUGAAAGAACGAACCAGUCUGCAAUUACAGAGUUCAUUCUAGUUGGCCUAACCGAUUCCCUUGAACAACAGAUCCUUCUUUUUUGGGUAUUCACAUUAAUUUAUAGUGUGGCCAUGGCUGGUAAUUGCCUUCUUAUAGUAACUAUAGCCAGUUGCAAGAAACUCCACACACCCAUGUAUUUCCUGCUCACCAACUUGUCCUUACUGAAUAUGUUCUCGAUCUCUGUGACUACUCCCAAACUUCUCCAGACUCUAUCAACCCACACAAAGACCAUCUCUUUUUAUGGCUGUGUCGCACAAGCCUACUUCUUUAUAUUUGCUUUGGGCUCAGAACUUCUGCUUCUCUCCAUUAUGGCUUUUGACCGCUACGCUGCUAUCUGCCACCCCUUGCAGUACGCAAGCAUCAUGAGGAAGGAAGUGUGUAUAGGGAUGGCAGCAGGAAGGGUCAUCGGGAUGGUCUAUUCAGCCCUUCAUACUGGAUUUAUGCUGCAGCUCUCCUUUUGCAGUUCCAACAUCGUCAAUCAUUUCUUCUGCGACCUGCUCCCACUUUUAAAGCUUUCCUGUUCAGACACCAGCCGAAACGAGGCUCUAAUUUUCGUGGCUGAUGUUUUCUUUGGGAUGGGUAGCUGUGGGUUAACUCUAACAUCGUAUUUUUUUAUCCUGAGAGCGAUCUUCCAAAUCCGCUCCAAUGAAGGGAAGAAGAAAGCCUUCUCUACCUGCUCUUCCCACCUCUUGGUUGUCAGUUUUUACUUUUCUGCUGUCAUCUACACGUAUAUCCGGCCUAGUUCAGUCUCCUCUAUAGAUAAUGACAAGCUAGUUUCUCUCCUAUAUUCAGUGGUGACCCCAGUUGUCAACCCCAUCAUAUAUUCCUUGAGAAACAAAGAGGUUAAAGAGGCACUCAAAGCACUUACCAGAAGGGGCAGGCUAAUUCAGGGAUCCCAAAGCUGA